GUAGUUUUGGAGUUCGUCUCCGUUGCGGAUUUUGCGGAUAACGGGAAUUUUUUUUAAUCUGCUUUUUGUGAGGCGUGGAAGCGCUUUCGGGUCUUUUCAGUGAGAAUUUGGUUGCCCUGCCUGGCAAGGAAAGAAAUUCAGUUUAUUGUGAGCACUCAGUGAGCACGCCUCUUCAUUUGAAGGGAUUUUGCGCGUAGGUAGUUGCACCGUCUUUAAUUCUUCCUCACCCCGCUAGGACUCUCUUGGCUCGCAGGUCAAGCCUGACUUAGUAAAGAAAAGCCGGUACAAUCCUGCAGUCUUUGUCAUAGAGGGGGACUUGUGUGUGCGUUUAAUUUAACCACGUGACUCUCCUUGAGCGUUUCUGGGGUAAGUUAGCAAAGUGGGUUCUUAAUGCCAAAGUGGGGGAGUCGUUCUUGCGCAAAGAUCGUCUCAAUUCUUCCACCUUGAUUAACCAUAUCAUGUCCCAGAAAAGCGAGCAUGGGAAAUGGACGGUGUCCAGUAGCGAUGAGAGUGUCGACGAGCAAGAUAAUUGUGACAAACCUUCGACUUCUUUGGUGCAGCGGGCUGGGCGAGACAGAGCUGGGGAGCCGCCUUACCCGUGUUCGGAGGCCAGGAAGGCUGCCCAGAAGAGGAAGUCUUCCCCUCUGGAGUUUCGUGAUGGGAAUUUUUCGUCGGAGGUGCAGCCAGCCCCAAAGAGACUCUCUCAAGAAGGUUCAGGAUGGUGCCUUUCGAGUAGCGACGAAGAGGGCGAUUGCCAAGUCCAAGCAAAGAGAGGAGAUGCAGCUGCCACCAGUGCCAGACUGGAAGGGGACUGUGCUAAGGAGGCAGUGAAGGAUGAACUUCCACUAAACCACAGUUCUACAGGCCCAUCAGUCAGAGUGCAGGACACUUGGGAUCUGUUGAAUGGGGGGAAUCCUUUCAGAUUUUUCCUUACCAAAGUAAAAGGAAUUAAGUCCAAAUACAACUCUGGCGCCCUUCACAUAAAAGAUAUUUUGUCUCCCCUUUUUGGGACUCUUGUGUCAUCUGCUCAGUUUAACUAUUGUAUAGAUGUGGAAUGGCUUAUCCAUCAGUAUCCAAAGGAGUUCAGGGACAAACCUUUAUUAAUCAUUCACGGAGAGAAACGAGAAUCUAAGGCUGAUCUGCAUGAACAAGCACACCCCUAUACAAAUGUUCGUUUGUGCCAGGCUAAGUUGGAUAUUGCCUUUGGAACCCACCACACAAAAAUGAUGUUGUUGUGCUAUGAGGAAGGCCUCCGUGUGGUGAUACAUACAUCCAAUCUUAUUGAAGAUGACUGGUACCAGAAAACACAAGGCAUAUGGCUAAGCCCUUUAUAUCCAAAGCUACCCCCUGGAGCUCCUGGGUCUGCUGGUGAAUCCCGUACCAAUUUUAAGUCUGAUCUGAUCAGCUACUUGAUGUCUUACAAAUCCUUGGCUCUCAAUGAAUGGAUUGAAGUAAUCAAGCAACAUGAUCUUUCAGAGACAAGAGUAUAUCUUCUUGGGUCCACUCCUGGCCGAUUCCAAAACACUGAGAAAGAGAAAUGGGGUCAUCUCAGACUAAGAAAGCUUUUAAAAGAUCAUGCAACACAAGUAACUGAUGAAGAUUCUUGGCCAGUAAUAGGACAGUUCUCAAGUAUUGGAUCCCUGGGAGCUGACCGGUCCAAAUGGCUGUGCUCAGAGUUUAGACAAAGUUUGGUCACUCUGGGAAACAGUGCGAAGUCUCCAACAGAUCAGGAGGUUCCCAUUCAUCUGAUAUAUCCCACUGUAGACAAUGUGAGACAAAGUUUGGAAGGUUACCCAGCUGGAGGCUCUCUUCCAUACAGUAUACAGACUGCACAGAAACAGCUCUGGCUGCACUCUUACUUCCACAAAUGGUCAGCUAAAGCUUCAGGUCGUAACCAUGCCAUGCCUCACAUUAAGACUUACAUGAGAGUGUCUCCAGACUUCCAAAAGAUUGCAUGGUUUAUAGUUACAAGUGCCAAUCUUUCCAAGGCUGCUUGGGGAGCAUUUGAAAAAAAUGGUGCCCAGCUGAUGAUCCGAUCGUAUGAGCUAGGAGUCCUCUUCUUGCCUUCAGAGUUUGGCUUGGAUACAGGCUUUUUCCAAGUAAAGGAGAACCUGCUUUCUGAUGAGCCAGCAUCAUCGUUUCCUGUACCUUAUGAUUUACCUCCAGAGAAGUAUGAAAGCAAAGAUCGUCCAUGGAUUUGGAACAUUCCUUAUACUAAAGCACCAGACACACAUGGAAAUAUGUGGGUUCCUAAAUGAAAAGUUUAAGUUCCCGCUAAAACAUCAGCAUCUAUUACUGAGUCCACUGACUAACCCUGGAGAGAGGGUGGUUUCAAUAAUACAGAUUUAUACACAGAUUAAAGCUUUUUCUCUAAAAAAAUAAUUUUAGAUUGAAAGCUUUUUUGGGAAACGGUAUCAGCUGUGUAACUACUUCUUGAAAAUAUAAUGCUUUUAAAAUUACAUUUUAUAAACUUGAAAAGACCCAGAUGAAUGAUGUCAGAAGGCUUUCUUUGUAAAUGAGUAUGAAAACAUUGUGUUUCCUGAAAAUAGUAGCCCCAAUAAGGGGAAAUUUUUAUACAGUUUGAAAUAAAGUGAAUAAAAGUACUUAGUUAUAUUUGUCAUUAAAAUAUGAACUCUGGAUUUUUGUUUGUGCUGCUGUUCCCCUGUCUUGUAAAAGUGGAGUUCUGCCAUAAAUGAUGGUACUCAUUACAUAAUGCUUUUCAGCAGAGACUACAUUCU